GCGCAUGGCAGACUGAGAUUAUUCAACAAACAUGGCGGCAGCCUACGUGACAGCGGUUAGGACAGCACUGAAAGGUGUCCACUGUGUUCCCGCCCGGUGGCUCCUCACGCAGAGCAGCGGAACCCCGGCGGUGUGUCAGUGUUUUCGGCUGCACGCUGCCCGCUGUCGGCCGCUACAUGUCUCCUCUACUGCCUCCCUGUGCAGCUCCAGGACAGAGACCCAGAGGACAGACGACAGGAGAGCUCGGGAGGAGGAGGAGGAGGAGGAACCCGAGGGUCCUGAAUACAUUCCUAAGAAAAAGGCGAAGAACCCCAUGAUGCCGAUUGGCUAUGCCUGGAUAAUAGGCCUCCCCACAGGAAUCAUCAGCUUCCUCCUGGCCAAGAGACAAGUGGACAAGAACCGACUGAAGCAGCUGAAGGUCCGACAGAGGAUGAGAAAGUCAAACGAGGGAGACUAUGAAGGGAGUCGCUACCGCCAUCCUGCUGAGGAUGUUAAACUGGACCACUAACAUACGUGUGUGGCUACUGUAUCGUAACCUGAAAGUCACUACUGACACAGUGACUUUCACUACAGCCCCAAAGACUGAUUACAGAAGAGAUGUCAAUUUCAUGUGCUUGAGUUUAAAACAUCCAAAACCUCUUUGAGGCAUUCAGAAGUGGGUUAGUAUUUCUUCUACAGGCUGUUGCAGGAAAUCUGAGAAGGAACGCUCUUGUGACAGAGCCUUUAAUCGAACGGAUGUUUUGCUUCGCUUUUUUUUUUUUUUUUGCAGAUUUGAUUAGUCUUGCUAAUGAAACAAGGGAUGGAUCAUACUGUUGACUGCAUCAUUGAAUCUGGAGAAUGAUCACAUAUUUAUUAGCCCUGAUGCUGAUGUUCUGAAAUAUGAAAUAAAUGUUUAUUAUUUUCUGAA